UUGUUUUUUAGCAACAAUGUCUAGCAGUAGUAACGACCGGUGGAUCCGGGCAGCCAUGCCCCUUGAAGAAUGGUUUGAGAUGGGUCACAAGCAUGGAACCUUCUUAGCUUGCUAUGUUUUAACGCUGGGUUCUCCUCAGCCCCUCGACCACAACCACGUCAAGCAAGCACUACUUCACUUGUACAGGAAAGUGCCCAGCCUCCGCUUGAGUAUGGACACCCGUGACGGAGUCCUCUGGUUCAAGGAGUGUACUCGUGAGACGAUAGACUUUGAGGUGGUGACAGAUUGUGACCUAGACAAUGUUGUAUCCCAUCUUAGGACGUAUCGAUACAACUGUAAACUAGGUCCCAUGUGGUGUGCUAGGUUCCUCCCUGCAGCCUCUGCCACUGUUGCCGGAGAAUCUGAAGCUGCAGUUGCUACUACUGAUUCUAUCUCUGGCGUUCCCCCUGAUGGAUCCACUUCCCAUUCUGAUACUUUACCUGAUACUAGCAAACGCGAGGACAAGAUGUUGGAUACAGCUGCUGAAGCAAAAGCCAGUGCUGCUAAACGGGAGGCCACUGGUGCUAUUCCCCGUGCGGCUCCUUGCAGUGGCUUGUCAUCCCCGCCCUCCAUGGCUUUGCUUUCCUCUGCUCUCAGUAGGUCUGACUUUUCCUUUGCCCGUUGCACUGCUACACCUUCUACAGAAUCUCCACCUUUAGGAGUUGCUCCUCCUCCCUCUCCAGACUUUCCAAAUGGCCUUGCAUCUUCUCAACCUCCUUCCUCUGAAGGAUCUCUGAAAUCUUCAUCCAAGUCUUCAGAGUCUAUCUCUUUGCCUUCUUUUCCAUCAUCCGCAGCAUCUUCAGUUUCAUUACCAUCAGUCAGUUCGGCAUCAACACCACCCUCUUCCUUGUCCGCAUUAUCUUCUGCCUUCUCCUCUGAAACUGACUUCAACUUGCCAAAGACUGACACCACCGGUACAUCCUGUCGAUCCUUGUUACCAGGCUAUUCAUCGAGGUCAUUACCUGAAAGCAAUUUGGACCAGUCUUCACAAACUGGCGCUCGUUGUGCUAGAUCAGAGUUUACUUCAGUUUCUGACAAACGUCCUAAAUCGGCACCAGUGUGUCUACUACCAGAUGCUCAGUCUACAAGAUCUCCACGGUGUCCGCUUUGCGUUGGCUCUACACAGCAUGACUGUAACCUUCAAACAUCCACACAGGAUCCCUCUACCCUUCCUCUUGCUGAAGAACUGUGGACGUUGUGGCCUUCUAAAAGCCACCUGGUUCUUGGUAUACACCAUGGUACUGCUGAUGGGUUCACUGCUCUAAAGAUUUGUGGGUUCUUUCUACAGCUGCUGAAUGAUAUCAUAGCUGGCACACCCAUUAAUGAUGAUCAGCUUGCAGAGUUUGUCGCCGGUGAAACUUUUAAAUUAAUAUCGGCGAAGAAAGUGGUACACAAAGUAACCCCUCACCGAAACCCCCAUUGGAAAGAAAGAAAUCUGAAUUGGAAGUCUUCUUCAAAGGGUCAGAUGACCAGUCACUUUACUUAACUCGAGUCUUAGACCAGUCUACUACGAAGUUGCUAAAAGAAAAGUGUUGUAUGGAGGGUGUCUCUCUGUAUUCGGCCUUCUGCGCUCUAGCUACUGUCACUUUCGUAGACUUCCUAGUGGCUAAGAAUGUAAUUCGUGAGAAGUACUGCGUGUCCAGUAAACACAGCAUCAACAUGAGACGAUAUUGGAGCGGUGAUUCAUCUCUUGCUUUUGGCUGUCACAUAGAAUC